AUGUACUCAGCCAUCGCAACCUUAAACACCAUCUUGAAUUACCCUUCAAGAACCAACCUCCUUCAGCCAAAACUUCAGAAUUCCCAGCCAAGAUUCAAACUUUGGGCUCCACCCACAUACGGAAUGACUUCCUCUUCAUCUUUUCUUGGAGGGUUCAACUUGAGAAUCAAGGCUAAUUAUGACGUCAAUGCUUCUGGUGAUGAUAGUGGUAGUGGGAUUUGUACACUGAUGGAGUACAUUGGGAAAAAUGGGUUAAAUGUGAGUGAUGAAUUGGCGGUGUUGUUUAGUCAUUUGGAGUGUGCUUGCAAGAGGAUCUCUGCUCUUGUGGCUUCGCCUUUAAACUACAGUAUUGGGAAAAGUUUCAACGUUUCAGUUGGCAGCGCUGAAAGAGAUAAACCGAAGCCACUUGACAUAGUUGCGAAUGAUAUUGUAUUAUCUUCUCUGAAAAAUUCUGGAAAAGUUGCUGUGAUGGCCUCUGAAGAAGAUGAUGCUCCAGUUUGGCUAGCAGAUGAUGGCCCUUUUGUGGUGGUUUUAGAUCCUCUGGAUGGUUCCCGAAACAUCGAUGCCUCUAUUCCUACUGGAACAAUCUUUGGCAUUUAUAACCGGCUUGUGGAACUAGAUCAUCUGCCAGUGGAGGAGAAGGCAACCCUUAAUUCCCUUCAGAGUGGGAAAAAGCUUGUUGCUUCUGCCUAUGUCCUUUAUUCAUCAGCUACUAUACUAUGCACCAGUUUUGGGUCAGGAACGCAUGCAUUCACCCUGGACCGCUCAACGGGAGAUUUUGUUCUUACACACCCAAACAUUAAAAUUCCUCCACGAGGGCAAAUCUAUUCUGUCAAUGAUGCACGGUAUUUUGACUGGUCUGAAGGUUUAAGGCGGUAUAUUGAUACUAUAAGACAAGGCAAGGGCUUACACCCGAAGAAAUAUUCAGCGCGAUAUAUAUGUUCCCUUGUUGCUGAUUUCCAUCGUACCCUCUUAUAUGGGGGAAUUGCAAUGAAUCCAAGGGCCCAUCUUCGUCUUGUCUAUGAAGCAAAUCCACUCAGUUUCCUAGCAGAGCAAGCAGGAGGCAGAGGUUCUGAUGGUAAAAGUAGAAUAUUGUCUCUCCAGCCAGUUAAGCUACAUCAAAGACUUCCUCUGUUUCUGGGGAGUCCAGAUGAUAUUGAAGAAUUAGAGAGUUAUGGGGAUGUUCAACAGAAAGUAAACCCUGGAUAUGAAGUCUAA